ACAAGUACUGUAGUGGAAGUGUCAAUUAUACUUGCAAGAGGAAAAAGGUUAAUAUUAAUUAGUUUCAUAGAUUAAGCUGGAGCAGCACGUCGGUGUAUAUGUGUCUCUUCCUCAGCACCUCUCGUGAUUCCUCCUCUUUCUCAGCCACCGAAAACCCUUGAAAUCCUCCAACCCAUCAAUCCUCAACACAUGGUCGUUUCUAUUUUUAUUUUGCUAGUCGCAAAUAAUAAUGGCGCGGAACAAAGACGGGGAAAACGAGGAAGAUGAGUUUUUCUGGGAAGAAUCAGAUGAUAAUCUUGAAGGUGGUAAUAUUAAUACAGAGGAAGACAUGACAGAAGAUGAGGAGCAUGAAGAAGGAGAAGGGAGGCCUUCUCGUUCCUCUUCAUUUGUUUCUCAACAGUGGCCAAAGAGUGUCAGGGAGUCUAUGGAUAUUUACACAAUUGCUGCAUCACCAAACUUUGGAUCCUUUCAGCCUGUAGCCAGCUUUAAGUAUUCGACUUCUGAUAUCUCUAGUCAAAAUAACUUGGUUUGGAGUGUAAAGACCCCUUUGCUGUCUAUUGAUGGGAAGAGUCACCAGAAAAGCGACCUUGAUGUGCCCUGGAGAUCACAAGUUUCAUGGCCAGAAAAGGUUUCAUCACGUAUGAUCACCGGAGAACUUCCAAUUAGCCACGGAUGUAGCCUUGUUCAAACUAUAUUCAAUGGGACAAAUGUCAUGGCUGGAGUUGGACUUCUUUCUACACCUUAUACAGUGAAACAAGCAGGUUGCGCAAGCAUGGCAGUGCUUGUUCUUUUUGCAUUAGUCUGUUGUUAUACUGCUUGUCUUAUGCGAUAUUGCUUUGAAAGCAAAGAGGGAAUUACAUCAUUUCCGGACAUGGGAGAAGCUGCAUUUGGAAAAUAUGGACGUAUUCUAGUAUCUAUUAUUUUGUACAUGGAGCUAUAUUCCUCUUGUGUAGAAUUUAUCAUACUUGAUGGAGAUAAUCUCACGCGGCUAUACCCUGGAGCACACAUUAACUUGUUUGGUUCUCGAUUGGACUCCAUGCACUUGUUUGCAAUCAUUAGUGUUCUUAUCAUUCUGCCCACAGUUUGGUUGAAAGAUUUACGAUUGAUCUCUUACCUUUCAGUCGGAGGUCUCAUUUCGACAGCUCUAGUGGUCAUAUGUCUUUUCUUACUUGGGACGGUAGAUCAAAUUGGAUUUCGUCAGACGGCUCCAGUAGUAAAUUGGAGUGGUAUUCCAUUUGCCAUAGGUGUCUAUGGUUAUUGCUAUUCAGGGCACUCUGUUUUCCCAAAUAUUUAUCAAUCCAUGGCUGACAAAACCAAAUUUACAACAGCAGUCAUUGUGUGCUUUACUUUGUGUAUUCUCUUAUACGGUGGUGCUGCAAUCAUGGGAUUUCUUAUGUUUGGUCAAUCUACGCAAUCACAGAUUACUCUGAAUUUGCCAAAACAUGCUUUUGUUUCUAAAGUUGCAUUAUGGACGACAGUAGUAACUCCAAUUACCAAAUAUUCCUUGUUACUGAACCCGUUAGCUAGAAGUAUUGAGGAGUUGCUUCCUGCAGCUUUGGCUACUAGUUACUGGUUUUUCAUUGUCCUAAGGACAGCAUUGGUUAUAUCUACACUUUGUGUUGCAUUUCUUCUUCCCUUUUUUGGUAUUGUGAUGGCUCUAAUAGGUUCUCUUUUUAGUGUACUCAUGGCGGUAAUUAUACCAACUUUGUGCUUUCUGAAAAUUUUGGGGAAUAAGGCUACAAAUAAUCAGAUCAUACUCAGUGUAGCCAUUGUCUUAUUGGGGAUUGUCAGCGCGAUCAUGGGAACAUACACUUCUCUGUCACGACUUGCUGAGGAAUACUGAAAUAUUUGCAACAUGUCCAUGUAAAGCAUUAUGUGGGGAGCCUGAGUUGUGUUACUAAUUUGGUAGUACGGAGCAAGAAAAAUAUAAUGAUUCAUAGAACUCACGUUCUUUAAUCAGUUUCUAAAUUGUUUCUGCCGUCUCGUCAUUGUCUUUCCUGGAUAUUUCUAUAGAAUUUGGUGUUCCACAAAAUUUGUUACUAUCUUGGCGUUAACUACAGGUUUUUGCCUUUUAGUUGGAUUGGUUAGCUUCCACUUAUGUCAUGCCAACCAUUAUGAAAUGUAAUCUAUUACUCAA